AUGCAGCUCUCCAUUACUACUAUUGUCGCCGCUCUGGCAACCUUCCAUAUCGCCAAUGCGAGCUGGAAAAUUACUGCCUUCAGCAACGGUGCUUGUACUCUGAACGCAGAGGACAUCAACUCUCUCUCUCGCGAGCUCAGCUCGUCAGAGAGCGUUCCGGAUUGCUUCACUUUUGGACAAGACAUGCCCGGCACAUCCUGCACCGAAGCCUACCCUGCCACCUCUACAACAGGACCUUGCAACAGUGGCCCACUGAACCCAAAGUCCAUCCGGGCUGAGGGCAACUGCGUCUUCUAUACCGAGGCCAACUGUGGAGGGUCUGAGGCAGGAGUCACGUUGCCUGGCACUCCAACUUGCGUGGAUAAUGGGGCCGACAUCAUGUCUUACAAAUGUUCUUCAAAGUGGUCUGAUUAG